CCUUGUUAUUGGUUCCAAACAAUAAGCAGGAAGUGGAGCUGCACACAAGCGAGAAGUCUCCAGUGAGGACGAUAUGACGUCCUCGGCGCUGCUUGACUGCGUGCGGGAGUGGGAAGAACUGCAGCAGCAUUACAGCGAGAUCCAGGAAGCCCAUCGCUCCUACAAGCAGCAGUUGGAGGAAUUAACAAAGCUGCAGACACGGUGCUCCAGCUCCAUUAGCCGGCAGAAGAAAAAGUUUAAAGACCUGUCACUGGACUUGAAGAAGAUAAAGUACACACAAGAUAAUGAAGAACAAAUUAAGGAAAUCAAAGAAACUAUUAAGCUGCGAGAGAAGGCGUUUUUUGAAAUGGAAUCUUUCCUCCCAAAGAAAAAUGGAUUGUACUUGAGCCUGGUAUUGGGAAACGUGAAUGUAACCCUCCUGAGCAAACAGGCUAAGUUUGCUUACAAAGAUGAAUAUGAGAAAUUCAAGUUGUACCUCACAAUGAUCCUGCUGGUCUUUUCCUUUGUUUGUCGUUUUCUUCUGAACUCCAGGGUGACCGAUGCCAUGUUUAACUUCCUUCUGGUUUGGUAUUACUGCACUCUAACUAUUCGAGAGAGCAUUUUAAUAAACAACGGCUCCAGAAUUAAAGGCUGGUGGGUCCUGAACCAUUAUGUGUCCACCUUCCUGUCAGGUGUUAUAUUGACCUGGCCAGAUGGAUUAAUGUACCAGAUGUUCAGAAGUCAAUACCUUUCUUUCUCCAUUUACCAAAGUUUUGUACAGUUCCUGCAGUACUACUAUCAAAGUGGUUGUCUGUACAGAUUACGUGCUCUUGGGGAGAGGCAUAACAUGGAUCUGACUGUGGAGGGGUUUCAGUCAUGGAUGUGGAGGGGAUUGACCUUUCUGUUACCAUUCCUCUUCUUUGGCCAAUUCUGGCAGCUCUAUAAUGCUAUCACCCUGUUCCAACUAGCCAGGCAUCCAGAGUGCAAGCAAUGGCAGGUUAUUAUGUGUGGAGUGCCAUUCCUUGUCCACUUCAUGGGAAAUUUCUUCACCACUCUUCGAGUUGUCCAACAAAAAUUUCAAAAACAAACAGAAGAGAAAAACGACUAAUGCCAAUUUCCCAGCACAGGCAUCGUGGAACCCUUGACUGAACCCUCACUUUUAUUCAGCCUAAUAGGCUUUACAUGAAACAGAAAAGAUGACCUGGAAAGUGGCAGUGGUUAAAUGCGCCUUGAGAGUCUUCAUACACCGCAAGGGUUCUGUUGAGCACAAACUUGUCAUUGGUUCCUUGCUUGUAUGUAAUAACAUUGGUUAUAUGCAGUCCUGCAGAGAUUACGGUUGUCAGCCUUUAUAGUGCAGGGUAUUAAAAUAAAGAGCAAGACCAUGUUUAAGGGGAAUGGAACAAUACUGUCUUUAGAGUAAAUGUCUAGCUUGUUUUCUUUAAGCUGGCCAGUUCAGGUUUUGUUCAUUGACCUGUAUAUGUUCACCAUUACUGAUCUGCAAUAAACUCCUUUGAGAAAUGA